AUUGAGAGUGCUUCGGAGUCCUACUUCCGUGAAGGGUUUGAUUGCCAUGGAGGAGGCUCAGCCUGUUUGUAGCUUCCUCUUCAAAAAGCGUCGUUCCGCGCCUGGGAGGGCUCAACGUAAGAGGCCGAGCAGCGACCAGGACUCCGGUAGCAGUGGUGAUGAAGGCAGCACUGUAAUCAGGAAGGAGAGACGAAAGGAAGUUUCCAACCCCAUGAUUCAGAAGACGAAGAAAUGUAUGAAAACAAAGACUUCGUAUGAGUCAAACAGUAGUGAUGAUGAUAAUAAACCUGAAGCAGUUGGAAUUGCGUAUAAAUCAACACGAUCUGCGAAACCUGUGGGUCCAGAGGACAUGGGUGCAACAGCUGUAUAUGAACUGGACACAGAGAAGGACAAAGAUGCCCAAGCCAUUUUUGAACGCAGCCAACAAAUCCAGAAGGAACUUCAAGGAAAGGAAGACGAUAAAAUUUAUCGAGGAAUUAAUAAUUAUCAAAAGUAUGUAAAACCAAAAGAUACAUCCAUGGGAAAUGCUUCUUCAGGCAUGGUAAGGAAGGGACCAAUCCGAGCCCCAGAACAUCUCAGGGCCACUGUGAGGUGGGAUUACCAGCCAGAUAUAUGUAAAGACUACAAGGAAACUGGGUUUUGUGGCUUUGGAGAUAGCUGCAAAUUUCUGCAUGACCGAUCAGAUUAUAAACAUGGGUGGCAAAUUGAGCGGGAACUGGAUGAGGGACGCUAUGGACUUAAUGAUGAUGAAAAUUAUGAAGUAAGUAGUGAUGAGGAUGAACUGCCUUUCAAAUGUUUUAUUUGUAGAAGCUCCUUCAAGAACCCUGUGGUAACCAAGUGUAAACAUUACUUUUGUGAAAACUGCGCCCUACAACAUUAUCGCAAGUCUCAGCGAUGUUAUGUAUGUGAUAAACAGACUAAUGGUGUCUUCAAUCCAGCCAAAGAAUUGUUAACAAAACUGGAAAAACAUAAGGCUGAAGAAAGUCCCCUUGAAGAUGCUGGAGAGCAAGAUUAGAAUUUUCUUUACUAUUUUCAUGCCUUACAUCCUCCAAAGAAAUAAUUUGAUUGCAGAAUAAAUAAUUGAUAGAAAAAUAAAUUGAUCCAUCAUGCUUUGUGCUUCAACAUACAUUCCAAACAACUUUACAGACCAAGACCGAGAUAUUACUGAUAGUAAAGAACAUUAUGAAAACAAAGCAAUUCAUUAUUUUUUAUUGCUUUAAUGUAUUGGGGAAAAAAAGGGGGGGGGCAAGGAAAACAAAAAACUGCACAAAAACAGCAGCUCAAAAACUUUGUAUUUCUGAAAGUUAAAGGAAAUAGUUCUUCCUGUGUUCAAACAACUUCUGUAUUCUAAAAGGAAAUAACUAGCA